UCCUAAAAAUGUUUCAUUGGUGGUUGUCAAUGAAGAUGGUGACAAGGAACUACAAGAGAUGCGCGACAGAUACGAGGGAAAGUUGACAGCUUCGCUUUAUACCAGCGUUCUUGCUGUUACCAUCAUUGCCAUUUUGCCAACAUUCAUUUGUCUUUUUUGCCUUCACGAAGCCCAGAAUCUAAGCUCCGUAUUGAUGUAUUUAGUAACUCUAGGGGUAAUGCUAUUAUCUGCGAUCUGUCUCUUAAUCGCGACACAAUUCCCUGCUAGUCUCAACUCUCAUCAUACUCGUCUCUUUUUUGGCCUCUUGGCCAGCACAAUCCUUGGACUAGGAUGUCUAAUUCUUGAAGGGCCGGUACCUGUUUUUGUAUCGGUACUCGCCGUCGUGGCCACUUUGCCGCGCGUGAGAGAUCACAAGCCCUCCCUGUUUGGCUUUUGUCUAAUAAUUCUUUAUGUCGUCAAAAGGAUAAUAUGUUAUUAUAUCUACGAAGAUAAGCAUCUCAAACUAUACGAGGUAAAGCGUAGUAUUAUGUUGAAAAUGGCAGACGCAUGCCAGGAAGUUAGUAAAUGCAAACAAACAAGAUUUCAUGAGAUGUAUGUACAACGUCACAAUAAUGUAAGCAUACUUUACGCAGAUAUUGUAAACUUUACAACACUUUCGGAGCAACUAUCCGCUUCGGAUCUGGUGAAAACUCUCAAUGAACUUUUUGGGCGAUUCGAUCAAAUUGCUCAGGAUAAUCAGUGCAUGAGAAUAAAAAUUCUCGGAGAUUGUUAUUACUGUGUUUCCGGACUUCCUGUGUCAAGACCAAAUCAUGCUUACAAUUGCGUUAAUAUGGGCUUGCAGAUGAUUGAUGCUAUACGUUUCGUGCGUGAAACAACAGGUUUCAAUGUCGACAUGAGAAUUGGCAUCCAUACCGGAAACGUCUUAUGUGGAGUUCUUGGUCUUCGGAAAUGGCAAUUUGAUGUCUGGAGUGACGAUGUGACUUUAGCCAAUCAUAUGGAAAGCGGUGGCGUGCCUGGAAGAGUUCACGUGACGAAAGCAACACUUCUGCAGCUCGGCGAUCGCUUUGAAGUAGAACCGAGAAACGGAGAAUUUCGCGAAGGUUACCUGGCCGAGCACAAUGUCGAAACAUUCCUCAUCAUUCCACCAAAGAAAAAUAAAGAGGAGAGCGAAGGAGAGAAUGACAAAAUAAUUCAAAGUUCAAGUCGUAUACCCUCACGGUCUAGACCAAGCAGUAAAAUGACAAAAUAUGUUGAAUGUUGGGGUGCUGACAAGCCAUUUGCGAAUAUCGCAGAGUCGACUUUAGCAAAAAAUAUUGGCCUCACAAGUAUAGCAAUGAUCGAGUCAAAUUUAUUGAUUAAUAACUCUACUUGUUUUGAUGUGAAGCAAUGGUGGAGUAGAGGUGAAGUGAUGUCAAACUUGACUUAUUGGUUCAAGGAUAUAAGUCAAGAACAGCAGUAUCGGGCGCAAAGAGAUGAACAAUAUCCUUGGUACGUUCUCAUCUCAACCUUCCUCUAUCUGAUUAUGUUCUUCAUACAAAUAAUCUAUUUACCUGGAAACGUAACGAUCUAUGGAUGCUUCGGUGCUGGAAUAAUCGGACUGUCAAUACUCUCAGCAAUUUCAUGGUUUUCAAGUAAGACAAAUAUAAGUUAUGGAAAUGAGAACCACAAGAUAGAACGUGUGAUUCUGAGUCGAGGAAUCAGAAUAUUUGUAUAUUUGAUAACAACUAUUCUAGCGAUCUGCUCAUGCGUUAUUAGUCUUACCAACGUUGAUUCUAAAUGGGAAAAUAACAUGGCCACGAUGUACGUAGAGUGUGCGGUGAUUGCGUUGGUCGUCGGAUGGACUCAUCUAAGGGUAGGAUUGGUCCUCAAAUUCGCUGUGAUGGUUGUUUCGAUUUGUACAUUCCUUGGUAUAUUUUCGAAAUGCCUCGUCAUCCAGGAUUAUUAUACUGACCCGAAAAAUGAAUUUUUCAAAAUAUACUACUUAAUUCAAAUUGGCUUUCUCUUGGGUCUCGUGUGCUUAAUAUUACAUGUACUUGAUCGAAGAAUUGAGUACACCUCGCGCACCGAUUUUUUAUGGAAAAACAAACUGAAAGUUGAACAAGAUGAGGUUGAAACAAUGAGGGGCAUCAAUAAGAUUCUCUUAGAAAAUAUUCUUCCUGCUCACGUAGCUGGACAUUUUCUUGCUUCGCGAGAAAAUCAGAAACAGGAUCUAUAUCACGAAAGUUACAGCAGCAUUGCUGUUAUGUUCGCUUCAAUUCCAAAUUAUAAAGAAUUUUACGACGAGACGGAUAUUAAUAAACAAGGCUUGGAAUGUUUAAGACUAUUAAAUGAGAUCAUUUGUGACUUUGAUAAAUUGCUACUCAAGCCCAAGUACUCAAGUAUUGAGAAAAUUAAGACAAUAGGCAGCACUUAUAUGCUCGCUUGUGGCCUUAGUCCCGGAAAGGAAGAUGGAGAUGGAUCGAUUGAUUUUAGCAAACAACAAGAGCACAAUAUUAUAGUUCUUGUCGAAUUUGCCAUUUCUCUUAUGACCUUAUUAGAUCAAAUUAACAGGGAAUCAUUUCAAAGAUUUAAAUUAAGAAUAGGACUGAAUCAUGGACCAGUGAUAGCCGGAGUCGUAGGUGCACAAAAACCUCAAUAUGAUAUUUGGGGAAAUACCGUAAAUGUUGCUUCCCGCAUGGAUAGCUGUGGCGAAAUGGGUAAAAUUCAAGUCACCGAGGAUACAGCCAAAAUAUUGAAGAAUGUAGGUUACGAACUUACUUGUCGGGGGCCAAUCUACGUCAAGGGCAAGGGAACCCUGACGACUUAUUUCGUGAAGACCCCUUUCGACAACAGAGAAGAUAAUUACUAAUGUUUAAUUGUAAUUUAUAGUGCAUGCAUAUUCUACGUUAAAAACAAUUACAAUAAGACUUUAAGCUUCGAUCAUUCAAUGAUUUGAAAAAAAAAAUAUAUUUAUUGAUUUACUGUUUUAUCGAAUAUGAUGGACUGACAACGUCAUAUAAUUUCUUUGGAUUCGUAAAGCUACAAUUAUUACAUUAAAUAUACACUAAUCAAUAUUUUAAAGAACAUUAACAAUAAAAUUGUGUGUUUUAAAAUGCCAUCAAAUUUGUGUUCACUUUUUAAUUAAAUGACUGACAAUCAUUAGGAAGUCGAUAUAAGCAUGUAAAAUUGUCUAUAUUCUUCCGAAUGUAAUUAUAAAUUGUAUCCAUGAGUUUUAUCUAGAAUUAAAAUCGAAUAGAACUCGAAAAAGAGUGAUUAAGUUGAAAUCGUUUUUUUGUUAAUGGCAAUACAAUGAUGCUGUCAACAUGGUUUAUCUUAGGAAAAAAAAU